CUGACGGUUUGCAAUUUUCGCAUCCUGAAUGCCGCUACAUGCCAGGAUGGUCGCCCUUGGUGCUUGUUUGGAGGGAUUUCCACUGCAGCCGAUACGCCGUCGAAGACUUGGCGUCAGCAUUUGCGAACUCAUGCUCUGUUGGAAGUGCGACUUUAUCGGCAUUAUCGUCAGGCAACACUGCUGUGCAUAUGCAAGACGAUCAUGAUGUUGAUGACGACCGCGAUGACGUGGCUAGUUUUUGUGUGUUGCAACUGCGUGAGGACGGCAAGCUAUGCACAGGCGAUGACCUUGUGGUAGCCGAAAUAGCUUCACCGGUGACGGUAAAGGAGCCUGCUCUUGUCACACCAUACAGUUGCAGAGACAACGAUGAGGAAGACCACAUAUCAACAGCGAUAGUACAGGAACAUCCGCAUCCUACAAGCAAUCCAUCAGCAUCAGUGAAUUCGAGUCGAACCUACGCUUUUUCAGCUGGUAAGUUCUUGCGUAUACCGAUCAAGGGGAUUGACCGCGAGCAGGCGAGAGUGAUCCCAGGACCGAUGACCUUAGUCCGUAGAGCCCGAUCAAGAAUCUACGCUGAUAGCUGGAAUCGCAUUCAGUUUCACUACCUCCUCAGAACAAGGCCCAACGAAAACCUCUUUCAACAUUUGUGUGAUGUGAUUGCUGCAAAUCAUGCAGCUACAGAAGGAUAAGACGGCUAUAAUACCCAGGUUGGUCCAUUCGCGACAUAGACGGACCAGGACUACCUUUCUCCCUAGCCCUUAAUUUUCAUAUCCUGAGCUUCUUCAUAACGGCACAU